AUGUGUAAUAAUAAAUGCUUUGGAUCAACUAAUUGGAGUGAAGUUGAAGAGCAACAGAGGGAGGGCAAUCUUGAUAAUGGACCUUGCAAACCUCCUCGAUUUCUGACUCCUUGGAUCGGGAGAAGUGUUAGAGAUGUUGGAGCACGUCUCAAGCUUCCCGAAACUGAAGGCCUUGCAAACGAAGGGGCCCACAUCCUCGCUGUUGCAAACGGCGGAGGAGAGGAGCAGCUGGCAAACGCGGCGUCUGGAAUGGCUGUGCAUGAUGAUUGUAAGCUCAAGUUCUUAGAACUAAAAGCGAAGAGAAAUUUCCGAUUUAUUGUGUUCAAGAUCGAGGAGAGGAUACAACAGGUGAUUGUAGAGAAGCUUGGAGGUCCUGAUGAAAGCUACGAUGAUUUCAGUGCCUCCAUGCCUGCCGAUGAGUGCCGCUAUGCCGUCUAUGAUUUUGAUUUUACAACCAAUGAGAACUGCCAGAAAAGCAAAAUAUUCUUCAUUGCAUGGGCACCCGACACAUCAAGGGUGAGAAGUAAGAUGCUUUAUGCAAGCUCCAAGGACAGAUUCAAGAGGGAGUUGGAAGGCAUUCAAGUGGAGUUGCAGGCAACAGAUCCUAGUGAGAUGAGCUUGGAUAUCAUAAAAGGGCGGGCACUCUAAACAUUCCUGUAGAGCAUUGGUCCAUCACUUCGUCAUAUGAUCUGUCUUUCAAUUUUCCUAGUCCUGUGAGUUAUUUUAAAUUAAUUACUUUUUUUUUUCAGAUCAGCUGUUUAUUCAGAUCUAAAACUUAAUUUAAUUGAUACAUUCCUCUGCUGUAUUGGUGUAUGUCAGAGUUUAUUAUGUUCUCUUACCAAAGGAUAAUAUCACUUAAGAUAUUUGGUGUAAACUUUUUUUUUUUUUAGCAUACGAUUUUAUCUACACUAAAGGGGUUGAGGGGAGUGGGCUAAACCUUACAAUGGGUUGACCACUGCCUCGAUUAAUAUCUAGAUGUUUAAAAAUUAAGAAAUAGCCCCUAAACCUGUUGAGGUGCCCACCUAGAUCAUCUAAGCACCUACUUAGCCC